GAUAAAUGUGAUUCUACGAGAUCAGCUUUGCUUGUUGCCAAAGACCCGUAAUUUUUAAAAAUGUUUGAGUAUGUUUAAACAUUGAUUGAAAAUAUGACACUUAACCGUUGAGGAGAUUUGCUUGGAGGCAGAGGGGUGUAAGUAAUUGAAUCAAACUUUAUUAUUAUUUAAUGUACAUCUAUGAUCUCGUUGAAUAUGGUUUUAAUCAUGCCUUAGGUCAUGGACCCAUGACGCACUUGGCGAAUGUGUUCUUAAAAAUGUUGAAAUCGCAUUGAAUCUGUUGUUCCAAUAUCACUGCUCAACAUUGUUUCAAUCAAUUUAAAUUCACAAGUUAAUAAUGGCAGUAAUGGUAUUCUACUAGUUCGAAUCUUACUGAGAGGAGAAGUAACCUUUUCGUCAUUUGCCCUUCUCAAUAUCCAUUUCUCACUCACGCCAGUAUUUGCGAAGUCUAGCUUUUGGAAUAAGGUAAAACUUUCACUCGACUGGCUUAGCCGCAAACAUCGAUAGUAAAUUAAUUGACUGAUAUUUUUGGUAUACUUUCUCACACGACAAAGUGACAAUACCACCUUCUUUUCGUUGCACAUAGUGAGUACGAAUGACGAUAAUGUACCAAUUAAGAUUACAACACUGUAUUUUAUUCACAAUUGUUCAUUCCAAAAUUUAGGAUUUUAUGACGAUCGUGAAGAUCAGAAUUUGGUUAUCAAUUUGAUUACCAAAAUUGUGUACAGUCUCACAAAUUCAAGCGGUGCUUUGCUAACUAGCCGACGUUGCGGCUGUGUUUGGCAGUCUUCUUCUAGGCAAAAUUAGGCCUAUUUCUCCUAAAAGAAGGCUGCCAAACACGGAUGAAACGAAGGGCAGUUAACAAAUUACCGUUUGAAAUCGUGAGACGUCCAAACUCCAAAUUUUAGUAUAUACUCGUUGGAAACCACUGUCAGGGACGAGUUUACAUACGCAGUAUUACACUAAAAGUGCAUCAUUACAUCGUAUACGGUGUCAUUGAGGCUCUGUUUUAGAAUCCGUAUGAUACAUAAUAUGAUAUUGAAUCGUAUUGUUGGCGAUUUCCAUAAAUAGGAAGGAUAAAACAUGUAUUAGUAGCGCUCGCCUGUCUAUUCAUACUUUUAAUAAUGAGUUUCUGUCUGUCUGCAUUACCCUUAUAGAUUCGGAAAUAUCUGAAACAAUCGGCGUGAGCAUUUACAUGCCAGUUUGUUUUUUUUUAGCCGGGGAAGAUUCUAAACAACUUGACAAAUUAACUGGCAAUACACAUAACGGGGAACUUCUCUAUGGAGCUGUAUGCCAAAAACCCGCCCAGCCGGUUUUCUAUAAUUUUUCUUUUUUAUAUAUCAAGUUGAAAUGUAUUUUUAUUUACAUUUCAAAAUAAAAUAAACUUACAUUUUUGAAAAUACUAUGAUGAUUAAAUUGUAUACUAUAGGUCCUUACUGAUGUAACAAUGAUCCGACAAAAUGGUCACUAAGGAUUUAUGUUUGUGUAUUUUAAAAAAUGUUGCGCGCAAGACGCAUCACGAUAGCGCAGUGUUCGUUCAGGGAGCCUGAGUCAUAAUUACCCCAACAGGGUUAAAUUAAGGGCUUUUUCUUAAUUUGUCAAUACUUCAUCUAAUUUUUGAAUUCAGAAAAAUUAUAAUGCUUCCACACAGUGCUGGGAAAAAUCGCGAAGUUCAUUCUGCGGAGUCAAAGCUAUUCAAAUCACAGCUACCCAUGGUUUUGAAUGCAAAACCGUUCGCUACGGUAGUCUAGCUUGUUGAAUUUCAUUUGAAACCCAAUGUUGCUACGGUAGUUUGCUACAGUAGAUCGCUCUCGCUGUUGUAUCAGGUUCUAAUGGGAUUCUCUAGAUGGGUCGUAUUCAGGGACAAGUUUGGAGACAAGGCUUCGGGAUAAUUUGGUAUCAGGCUGGGUACCCGAGCAAAGUCCAACAACAAAAUUAAAGCAAAUCAAAAACAUGAUUUGUAUUCAGCAACAAAUUGAUAUCACAUUUUGAUAUCAUUUUAUCUUUACUUAAUUUGAUUUCAAAUUUUGCUUUCGGUUUGCUGUCAUUUUGAAUUAAUGUAAAUAUUUAGUGUUACAAUAGUUUUUAAAUAUUUAAGUAAACUAUGUGAAGGGAUAUAUCAUUAGUGCAAUUGUAUUAUUGCAUUUAGGAUUUGAUAUCAACCGAAAAACUCUACAUUUAACUAUUUUUAAUUUUUCUUGCGCUGAUAACAAAAACAGUUAUCAGUUUGCUAUCAUCGAUAGCAGGAAUGGUUUUUAAUUUGCUGUCACAGGAACAUUUUUCUGCUCUCAUUUUUGAUGUUUUAACCGUUAAAACGGCCAAAACGACAUCAACCUGAGUUAUCAAAAUUUGCAAUAUCAUAACAUCAAAACUAGUUUUCAAUUUGCUAUCAGACUUUGCUCGGGUAGACCUUCGCUGGAUGUAUAGGUCGGGCUCCUUGGUGAGAUGAGCGGAGGAAUGUUCCCUUGACUGAUUGAUAGCGAGCGUUUUCGCUGGCAAAUCGGACGGAAAAUCAGAGCAGACCUCUUGAGAAACGGCACUGGACGUGUGUGUGUGUCGAACUUUCAGCUUGAAACCAGCAUAUUUGUAGCUUCUGAAGGAAUCGAAAAUAAAGCUAACUAUUUUGUUGAAUAAGUAAGAACAACAGGACAUCUUGUUAUGAUCUGAUUCAGAUUAUUUUAUUCCGAUGCACGUAGCCUUUCUGAAGAACGGUACGCAGUUAGGCGUGGGGUUUUCACGCCACCGCCGAUGCUUCCUGGAACGGCAUCAUACAUCAUAACCAAAAACUGGAUGCACCAGCGUUCCACCAUGCAUACAAUAUACUAUAUUCUUGAGAACUUGGGGAGCCACAAGCCGAUUUGCGUCGAUUUUACACUUUUACAUCGGAAAAAACUCCCACUUGAGAGGUGGAACGAGACAGCCUGUUCCUGCUGAAUCACGAAUGAGGCAUUCGAGGACCAAGAGUAAAGUUGUUACGGGAGGGUCUCUGCUAAAAGGCAUAGUCGGGCUUUCGGGAACGCGUCCACGGGAAGUAUGGUGCAUUGGAUAUGAUGGUCGAUCAUCCUAAAGAAGGGCACCAGGCGGCAGUACGACAAAUGAAUUUCAAUGAAACUCAUUUGGAGCUCCCGUGUUGCAGCUGCUACUGUAGGGCACUGCAUGAAGUUAUCUCCUUCUCUUUCACUCUUACAGAAAUUUUGUAAAUAACAAGGCCAAGAAACGUCAAAAUCCCAUAUAAAAUCAAAACAAUGCAGUGCCCUGUAGCAGUUUAUUGGAUCGCCUACUAUACUAGUUCAAAAAAAAUUCUCCCGGAUAUGAAGAGCCAGCGAUACAAUCAUCAAAUUCAAGCAAACUACUGUUACCAUUCCCAUCACUGCUUCCACAUCAUGGUUGCUUGCGUUAUUCAUUUAACACGAUAUUAAACAUGUUAGGGACAAUUUUAUUCAUAGUAAUAUUUGAGUCUACAUGUAGAGUAUAUGGCCUAUUGAUCUAUCUACCCACGCUACGGGCUCCAUCAAAGAUCGAGCAUCUUUUGAACCCCCUCAACCAUUCAUCCAUCAGUACAGGUCGCCUGACGGUAACACCUUGGAUUAGGAUUACCUGUUUGGUGGACUACCUAUUUUCAUGGAUAAUACUCCCAAAACAAUCAAAUUUGUGAUUUAUAAGUCGGGUCACACAAAUGGUUGCCUUAGAUUGGUUUCGAUUUUUUUAUGCUAAAAAAAAUACUCCCAAUUUGGCUAAACGAAUGUCUAGGCAAAUUUUCUAUUUUUUCUCUUUAUGUAUUACUAGCUGUCCCGGCAAACGUCGUACUGCCUGCCUACUGUGUUUUUGACGUACAGCUCCAUAGGGACGUCCCCCGCAAAGUCAUCUGUAUGGGAGCCCUCCGUUUCAGAGGUCCCGCACCAAGCUAAAAACCUUCCCCGGCCCCAAAAAUACUCACAUGCAAAAUUUCACAGCGAUCGGUCCAGUAGUUUUCGAAUCCAUAACGGUCAGACAGACAGACAGACUGGAAUUCAUUUAUAUAUAUACUAGCUGUCCCGGCAAACGUCGUACUGCCUGCCUACUGUGUUUUUUGACAUGCAGCUCCAUAGGGACGUACCCGGCGAAGUCUUUUGUAUGGGAGCCCCCCGUUCCAGAGACCGGAGAGGUCUGACACCAAGCUAAGAACCUUCCCCGGUCCCCAAAAUACUCACAUACAAAAUUUCACACCGAUCGGUUCAGUAGUUUUCGAAUCCAUAGCGGUCAGACAGACAGACAGACAGACAGACAGACAGACAGACAGACAGAAAUUCAUUUUUAUAUAUAUAUAUAUAUAGAUAUAUAGAUAUAGAUAUAGAUAUAUAGAUAUAGAUGUAGAUAUAGAAGAUAGAUGUACACUAGGCCUGUCCAACUUUCCAAAAAUGUUCUCUAAUUCUCAAGUCCACCCCCAUAUUUUGAUUGGCAUCCUAAAAGAAGUAACUGGUCAAAAUAUCAGCCAAAUCCAUUAAAAUUAAGAGGUGCAUCAACUCAAUUUUGUGUUUUUCGACUAUUUUUGAACUUCAAAAAAUCAUAACUACACUAAAACAUGUCAAAACUUAAUUCUUUCGGCAGAAAUUGAAAGCUAUACUUGUUUGCUACAACUUCUUCGAACAACGUGUGCGAAUAAAAUUGAAGGAAACAUGUGUAAUUAUCACAUUUGUAAUCAGAAAAACCUUAAAAAGUUGAUUUUUUGAUAGAUUUUGUUCUGGAACACCCUAAUAUACGUAAUAAGUUUGAUAUUUUAAAACGGCAUCAUAUUCUCUUAUGUUUUUGGGUUAUUUGCUUCUUUGACACCAAUACUGUAGGAGUUGAGCAAAAAAUAUUAAAAUUCGGGAAAGCCAAAAGUGGCCUAAAAACUAGCUUUUUGGAGCCAAUCACGCUGUGGCGCGAAAUUGUACUGAACGUAGUAGCUUUGCUUCCUUGUAGUUUGCCUUGGCUACCCCCUACCACGGGUGAUAACAAACAAGCGUGAUGACAGCUGUUGGUUAUCAUAUCAGUGCUGACGCGAUGCCACUUUUUGCGCGCCAAAGCGUGAUUGCACCCGAAAAGCUAGUUUUUAGGUUACAUUUGGCUUUCACGAAUGUUAGUAAUUUUUGCUCAACUCCUACAGCAUUGGUGUCAAAGAAGCAAAUAACUAAAAAACAUUGGAGAAUAUGAUGCCGUUUUGAAAAAUCCAACUUAUUACGUAUAUUAGGGUGUUCCAGAACGAAAUCUAUUAAAAAAUCAACUUUUAAAGGUUUUUCUGAUUACAAAUGUGAUAAUUACACAUGUUUCCUUCAAUUUUAUUCGCACACGUUGUUCGAAGAAGUUGUAGCAAACAAGUAUAGCUUUCAAUUUCUACCGAAAGAAUUAAGUUUUGACAUGUUUUAGUGUAGUUAUGAGUUUUUGAAGUUUAAAAAUAGUCGAAAAACACAAAAUUGAUUUGAUGCACCUCUUAAUUUUAAUGGAUUUGGCUGAAAUUUUGACCAGUUACUUCUUUUAGGAUGCCAAUCAAAAUAUGGGGGUGGACUUGAGGAUCAGAGAACAUUUUUGAAAAGCUGGACAGGCCUAAUGUACACUGUACAGCCAUAACGAAUCAUUCUUUCAUUCCACUGUUUUAAACCUUUACUCUUUAAACCAAAAAAGAUCAAAAAAAUAUUAGGUACAGCUGUUCAAUAAUUUUAAGAAAUAGGGUUUGUCUACCACUACUGUAUACUCCUCAAGUUUGUAUAUAUUUGUAGUUUAUAGAAACAUCGUUUGUUCUCACGAAGGGCUCUAAUUUUUCUUAAGGACAAACGUCUUGAAAUCCCGCUUUAAGAGUGCAUGAGAACUUAAACCGCACAAAUCUCAAGAAGCAAGCUUCAAACAACAGUGCAGUUUAUUAUUCUGCUCUUGCUUACUUGUAAUAAGCUUAAAAUAAGAAGAUCAAAUGCGCUGAUUUUGUUUACGAAGAGAUUUGUGCCCUCGAAAUCAAGAGUAGGUGCCAAAGUCGGCCAUUGUGGCGGCCAUCUUGGGAUUCUAACAAGUCUGUCCUUAACCGUUAUGUGUCCGACAAACUUUUUGCUUUUUUCUACACCGUGUAUUUUAAAUGGGUGCUGGAUACCCGGGUACCCUGUCGGCCUCAUAAGGGUUAAAGCACGUAAUUAGUCGUAUAGAAUUAACCAAAGACCGCAAAGGGAUCAGACCCUUGUGAAAAUAUUCUUUUAUACUAUUUGUUUUUGGAUGAAAGUGGGAGUACCCUGCUUAUCAGAUAGAGCAGCCUCCUUUUUUUGAGAAACCAGCCUUCUUUUCGAAGAGAUAUGUAUCCAAAUCUAGAUGUCCAGACGUCUGCAUUCGGAUUCGAAAUUUGUAUCCCACGUACAUUUCAUGAAAAAAAACGAGAUUUUUUUAUCCUUAACCCUUUAUAAGGCAGUGGCAACUAUAUUGCCACCUACUGUUUGUAUUUAUAUCUGUGUUGUAACAAUUUAUUUCGAACUUUUUUUUGGUUUACGCAAAAUAGGGAUUACCAACAACGCCUGGUAUUUUUUUGAUGCUAAACAAAGCUUUCACAACAAUUUGGGAGCCAUUUGUAUUCUCAAAAAUGGCUAAAUUUGACCGCGUGAAUAAAAUAAGCUCAAACUUAUUGAAAUUUUUUAGAUUCGGUAAAUAUUUUAAGAAAUAAUCAAAUUAUGAGCUAAACAACACAGUUCACAUUAUGGGUUAAGCCAUAAUCCACUCUAAAAUCUCUUUUCCGGCUUUUUGUCGAAGUCAAAAGAAGAAAAGUAUCCUAAACGGGCAGUGGCAACUAUAUUGCCACCUAGAUUUUUGAGAGUUUCUUUCAAACAAAAAUUGUUUUGCACAUGUAAUCAUGUAUAUAAUCAUCUCCAUGAUAGUAUGCAUUGACAACUCUUCUAGUUUUCUCGGCCUUAUAAAGGGUUGAAUCAUACGCCAUUUCAAAAGCUGCCAAGCAAAUGAUAACCUGGAUCUAUCACUUGUAUUGCUCUCAUCUCUACUCCAACUCAGUAGAUCCCAAUUGUUCAAACGAUGUGGUUCAUUGUUCGGCGUGUUGUUCAUCCGAAGCGCGUGCUCAUUGUUUUGUUGAAAUUCAAACCGCCGCAAGUAGAAGCACCGUCGUGUAUUCAAUUGUGAAACAAAUCGCCUGCUACUGCAAAAUGGCAACUCCAAUGGCCACGGGAAAGAUUCCUGCGGAGGAAUACUGCCGCUGUUGUCUGACCGAGGCAACCGAUCUGCUCUUCGAUGUGUUUGCCAUUUUGGAGGAAUCCAAGGGCCCAAUCAGCGAGCUGAUUGCCACGCUUUGCGGAAUAAUCAUUUCAGAGAAGGACGAUGCGUCGAAGAACAUUUGCGGGGACUGCUUGAGAGAGCUGGUUAACACGUUUCGGUUCCGCGAACGCUGCCUCGGUUCGAAUCGGAUUCUGAAGGUGAAAUCCACGGGUGACGGUGCUGAGGCGCCUGCGGUCGUGAAACAUGAACUGGAAUCGGAAAAGAAAGUGCAGGAUAAGGCUACGCAAAAUGCGCUUCCGAGGGCAGAGAAGGAGUGCCAGACGGAGAAAGUUUCUAACAAAGAUAGCACACAGAAAAAGGCUUUCGGUUGUCUUGAGUGUCGGAGCUCGUUCACUGACAAACCGGAGCUGUUGGACCACAUUCGUAUCCAUCGGUGUCCGUUUCAGUGUAACGUUUGUUUUAGGAGAUUCAAACUUUCUGGGGACCUUAUGCUACACAUGGGAUCGCACCACGGCAGUGAUGCUUAUGGCAGAGCAAUUCUGACGGUGAACUAUCGAGGACGAUAGUUUUGG